AUGACUGAGGACGCAGUGAGUACGGUGUUGGCCCGUUUCAAAUCGGAAACGGGCGAGACGGUCAGCAACAUGAUGGACCUGCCUCGAGACGUCACCGUCAAUCAUUUACAACUGAUUUGCAAUUCAUUACUCAAACAAGACGAGUCCGUGCCCUACGCAUUUUUUGUUGAUGACAAAGAAAUCACUAAUAAUCUAGACGAAUGUCUUGACGCCAAAAAAAAAUUCAGCACCGAACUCGUAGUAGAUAUUGUCUACCAAGAACAAGCUGUGUUUAAAGUGCGACCCAUCACCCGAUGUACCAGUUCGUUGCCAGGUCACGCAGAAGCUGUGAUAUCAGUGCAGUUCAGUCCGGACAGCCGGAAAUUGGCCAGCGGGUCUGGUGACACGACUGUCAGGUUUUGGGAUCUCGACAUGCAAACUCCAUUACAUACUUGUGAAGGUCAUAAGAAUUGGGUGUUAUGUAUUGCCUGGUCUCCAAAUAGUAAAUAUUUAGUAUCAGGUUGCAAAAAUGGAAUGAUAAUGUCUUGGAAUGUUGAAACCGGCAAACGAGUUGGGCCACCAAUGACUGGACAUAAGCAAUGGAUUACUGCUCUAUGUUGGGCUCCAUACCAUUUAUCCCCAGAAUGUAGAAUAUUUGCGAGUAGUAGUAAAGAUGGAGAUAUCCGCAUUUGGGAUAUAAUACUUGGUCAGUGCCAAAGGUCUCUUACCAGUCACACCCGCAGUAUCACUUGUUUAAAAUGGGGUGGAACAGGCUUAUUGUAUAGUAGUUCACAAGAUCGUACAAUUAAAGUUUGGAGAGCCGAUGAUGGAAUUUUAUGUAGGACUUUGGAAGGACAUGCUCAUUGGGUGAACACACUUGCACUCAGUACUGACUAUGUGAUAAAAACAGCAAUGGUACCCCAACCUGGUUCUAACAGCGACAAAAAUGAUAAUGUAUUAGCCGAAGCUAAAAAACGAUAUGAUGUGGCUGUAGCAAACGGUGGUGAACGGUUGAUUUCUGGAUCAGAUGAUUUUACACUAUUUUUAUGGGCCCCUGAAAGUAGUAAAAACUCUGUCGCAAGAAUGACUGGACAUCAACAGCUGAUCAAUUGUGUACAGUUUUCACCAGACACACGGUUAGCUGCGUCUGCGUCAUUCGACAAAUCUAUAAAAUUGUGGGAUGGAAAAACUGGACAAUUUCUUGGAACAAUGCGAGGGCACGUACAAGCAGUUUACAUGAUAUGUUGGUCUGCCGAUUCUAGACUUCUGGUCAGUGGAAGUGCAGACUCAACAUUAAAAGUGUGGGACGUGAAAGCCAAAAAAUUACAAGGUGAUCUUCCCGGUCAUGCUGAUGAAGUUUUUGCUGUUGAUUGGUCUCCAGAUGGGCAUCAAGUUGCUUCUGGUGGAAAAGACAAAGUACUUAGACUGUGGACACAUUGA